UAAGAACUAACAAAAACGAGUGCUCCAAAAUUAUUAUUUUAAAAUAAAACAAAUCAUGCGACUAUCAAUAGCGAUUUUUAUAGCUGCCUUUUUGUCUUCGGCGGCACCACUCCAAAAUGAAGAUGGCUUCGAAAGUAAUUUAUUAAAAGGAUUGAUUUCAAAAUAUGAGAACCAAAAAAGUCUUAAAGAUGAAGGUGGAAUAACAGCGGUGAUUAACGAUUUCGCAGACAAACUGUUUGGGAAUAUUGACACAUUUGCAGUAAAGAACGGACUGGACCCCAUCCCUCUUAAGGAUAUUAAAGAAACGUUCCUUUUGGCCGAUAUUGAACUUUUGAAUGGAGCCAUACACGGUAUUUCUACCAUUGAAAGAUACGAAGAUGUUUCGAUAACUUAUCAGAGCAAGACAAAGACGUUAACUGUUCAGCUCCCAAUCGUAUUUUCAAAUUUAAGUUUCACUUAUGACUACAAAUUGCUCUUUGCGGGACUGGGACCCCAAGGGGACCUGAUCGGGGAAAUAGACCAUUUUAAAUUUUACCUGGUAUUCAGUUUCAACUAUAACACGUUAACUGCGGAAAUAGAUACGCUUAGGACCACUGAUAGCGGGCAUAUUUCACUCACAGUAAACGGCGGAAUAACAGAUAUAGUUUUCAAUAUUCUUUCUGAAUUUUUCACAACUGUUUUCCAUCCAUUUAUACAAGGAGUGAUCGAAGCAAUUAUAAAAACUGUGGCGAACAAGAUUGUUACCGACGUUAACGAUUUGAUUUAUAAUAUAACGCAUCAGAAUUAUUCCCAAAGGAAUUCACUUGGUUACGGAUAUCCUGUAGUUUAUCUUAAUUAAUAAAUCAAAUUAGAAAAUAAAAUGUUUCUUAAGAUUUGUUUAAACUAGGUUAUAAGUUAGCUAAUAGCCAGGUUAAGA